ACGGCGGUGUGGCCGUGGGUGGCCGGCCAGGUGGUGCUUGCCUGUGGCCAGCUCGCUCACUUGGUCCUCUUGCCCUGACCACCGCGCUUUCGAGGCUAUAUAGCCAAAGAUGCACUCUGCCAUUGAAGUCAUGGAGAAGCCCAUGGACGCCGAUGACGUUGCAGACAAGACAGGAGAUGGCGACAUGGUCACCAUGAGGUCGGACGCUGCGCUGCUCUUCUACGGCUACGGCCAGCGGCGUGAUUUCGCGCCGGCCGCAGCGGGCAGGGCCAUGCCGGGACUGCGAGACCAGAGAAAGAAGCGUCAGUUCUGUGACGUCGUGUUCCGGGCUACCGAUGGCUCGGAGAUCUGGGCACACCGGUUCGUGAUGGCUGCCAAGUAUUCUGGCUGCAGCGAGCUCUUCACUGUCGCCGAGAGAGGCAUGAGUCCCAACCAGGAGUGGGCCCCGCCCAUCCGGGUCACAGUAGAAGACCUGGACAGCGACAUGAUCCAGGUGCUCGUCGACUUCGCCUACCGCGUUCCGCUGCACCAGAGCAUCGGCCUGCACAAUGUCGCCAAGGUACUCGAGCUCGCCGAGAAGCUGAAGAUACUCCGGAUUAAGAAUCACUGCCUGAACACCCUCCGUCAGAAUCUCGAACCGGAGAGCUGCUUGGACACUUACAACCUGGCCUCCCGUUGCGGAUACGAAAACCUCGCCGUAGAAGCUUUUCGGCAUCUGCUUCGCAAUUUCGACGAGGUGUGGAAGAAUAGCGCCCAGUUCCAGGCUCUGACACCAGAGGAGCUCCGUACCAUCCUGGAAGACGACCGCCUCUACAGUACCAGCGAGGUGGAGUACACGUUCAACGCCAUCCUGAAGUGGAUCUCCGCCGACAUGGACAAAAGAAAGAGCUACCUCGCCAAGUUACUGCCGCUCGUGCGCUUCGCACGUGGUUCCGUCACGGACUUCGAGAAAGUCAUCAAUCACCCACAAGUCCAGGGUGACGGAGACAGCUUGGAGGUGCUGAAUGCAAUUUACCAGACGCUGUCCCAGCGGUCCAUGGCGGUUGGCGAAGUUGCCGGCGUCGACCUGUCCCCACGGUUGUGGCUCACGCCUCGCGUGCCCAAGGACAUCCUGUUCCUUUUCGGUGGCUGGGCAGGGGGCGCCACCAACGACAUGCUCACGUACAACUGCAACACCGCCAAGUGGCGCACGAUGGGAAACCAAUGCACCAUGCCCAGGGCGUACCACGGCGUAGCAGUGAUCGACCAGUGUAUCUACUUCGUGGGCGGCUUCAACGGCCGCGAGUGCUACCACUCUGUCGUCUGCUUCGACGUCUCCCUAGCCAAAUGGAGCGCCAGGGCGAACAUGAAUAUCUCGCGCUGCUACGUCAGCGCCGCCGCUCUCCAGGCAAGUAUAUCAUGGUCGACAACAAGCAGCCACUUUACCAGUGCUGCAAAGCAUGAUAACCUUAGAGAGUUUUGGUGA